AUGGGACAGACGCAUAGUCGUCAAUUGUUUGCACAUAUGUUAUCUGUAAUGUUAAAACACCGGGGAAUUACUAUUUCCAAACCUAAAUUAAUCAAUUUUCUUUCAUUUAUUGAAGAAGUUUGCCCUUGGUUCCCCAGAGAAGGCACAGUAAGUUUAGAGACGUGGAAGAAGGUAGGGGAACAAAUUCGGACUCAUUAUACUUUACAUGGCCCUGAAAAGGUUCCUGUAGAAACUUUAUCCUUUCGGACACUAAUUCGUGAUUGCCUGGACUUUGAUAAUGAUGAAUUAAAACGUUUAGGAAAUUUUUUAAAACAGGAAGAAAAUCCUCUUCAUGUUCCUGAUUCGGAGCCCAAGUAUGCUGUUCCCGAGGGAAUUGAAGGUGACCCUCCAUUUUGUAACUUAUCGCGUCCUUCGGAUAAUGAUGAUUCACUUUCCUCCACAGAUGAGGCGGAAUUAGACGAAGGGGCUGCUAAAUACCAUCAAGAAGAUUGGGGUUUUUUAGCACAAGAAAAGGGGGCGUCAACAUCUAAAGAUGAUUUGGUUGAAUGUUUAAAAAACCUCACUGUUGCUUUACAGAACUCAGGAAUUAAGUUUCCUAAUAACAACUUAAAAUCCCCUUCUGAUCCGCCUCUUCCCCCUGCCUAUGCUCCUUCUGUUGUUGCGGGUCUUGAUCCCCCUCCGGGGCCUCCUCCUCCUCCGCCAUCUGAAAUUGUGUCUCCGCUACAAAAGGCAUUAAGACAAGCACAACGACUUGGUGAGGUUGUCUCCAAUUUUUCUCUUGCUUUUCCUGUCUUUGAACAUAACAACCAGCGUUUCUAUGAAGCGCUGCCUUUCAAACAAUUAAAAGAGUUAAAGAUUGCUUGCUCACAAUACGGUCCUACCGCUCCAUUCACUGUUGCUAUGACAGAAAAUUUGGGUACUCAGAAUCUACCCCCAAACGAUUGGAAACAAAUAGCUAGAGCUUGUCUUUCGGGGGGAGAUUAUUUAUUGUGGAAAUCUGAAUAUUUUGAACAGUGUGCUCGUAUAGCCGAUGUUAAUCGGCAGCAAGGUAUACAA